AUGCAAAAUGGAAGAGCAGAACGCACCAUCAGAUCGCUACAAGAAAAGAUGCAAGCAAUGCUCAUCCAAAGAUUGGUGCCAAAGGGUUUAUGGCCCUAUGCCAUCAUGGCUGCUGGACAUGUACUUAACUUGACACCAUCAGCAAAUGCUAACAGAAUUCCAUAUGAAGACUUUCAUCAUACAAUGGCUCACGGCUUGGCAAAACAAUUGCAUGUCUUUGGCUGUCUCGUGUGGGUUCACCUCCCAAGGAAAGAUCAUGCAGGCAAGCACAGUGCGAGAGCCAUACCAGGAAUCAUGAUCAGUUAUGACGACGAGCACAAGGGAUGGAAAUUCCACACUCCAGAACACACACCAUCUAUCCGAUGGAGUAACUCAGCUACAUUUCAUGAAGAUAAAGGCUGGCAUGAUCGACCCAAAGAAAGGAGCCCACUGCAAAUUGGAUUUGAAAAUCUAGAGGCAGAGAGUACCAGAUCAGAGACCAUCGACCAUGAACCCAUACUAGAGCCAGAGGAGAUCAACAUACAAGACAUUCUCAGGGAGGCCAAUACAACCACCAUGAACCUUACACCAACUUUGAGGGAAGCACUUGACAGUGACGAGGCACAGCAAUGGCAAGAAGCCAUAUGCAAGGAGUUAGAUGGGCUCGAAGCCAUGGGGACUUGGGAAAUUGUGGACAUACCACCAAACACCAAACUCGUCAACUCUAAGAUCGUCCUCCAUCUCAAGCUGGAUGCCGAUGGGGUACCUGUCCGACAUAAAGCAAGACUUGUAGCACGAGGAUUCACACAACGAGAGGGUAUAGACUUCGAAGAAACUUUUGCACCGGUGGCACCACUCAGUGCGAUAAGAGCCCUGUUGUCACUGGCAGUGGAGCGGGACUGGGAGGUCCAUCAACUUGACAUCACGAUGGCCUACCUCAACUCCACACUCAAGCACGUCAUCUAUAUGAAACCGCCGGAAGGAGCAAAGGUACCAAAAGGAAAAGCUUAUUGGGUAGUAAAAGGGCUAUACAGACUCAAGCAAUCAGGACAGGAGUGGAACAUGGAGUUCGAUAAGUUCCUGCAGUGCUCAAACUUCCAUAGGCUCAAUUGCACACCAUGUAUCUACACCAGAGGAAAGGAGGACAACUUUGCAAUAGUGGUUAUCUAUGUUGACAAUACAUUAAUUAUAUCUCCAAAACUGUCAACAGUCAAGCAAAUUAAGAGGGAGAUAGGCAAGAAGUGGAAAAUGGAGGAGGGCAGCAAUGUAUCCCAUUUUCUUGGGAUCAAGAUCUCCAGAGACUGCAAGGCAAAGACUAUGGACCUCAUGCAAACCAGCUAUGUCAAGCAGCUAUUAAACGAGCAUUUAGAUAAACGUAGAAGGAAAUCCAGCAUACCACUCCAGGACAUCCCAAUACCAGAGAUGACAGCAAGCAUAGCCAAGCAGAUGGAAUACCCACAAAUCAUUGGCAAACUCCUAUGGCUUUCAAACAGAACAUGUCCGGACAUCAGCCAAGCCAUGGGUGUCCUUGCAUGCUACAUGACACAACCAUCGAAGGAACAUUACAACGCAGCACAGAGAGUGCUCCAAUACUUGGACUGCACCCAGGACAUCCACUUGCAAUAUGGUAGCAACAAGCAACAAGAUUUUCUGGUAGUGCAUAGUGACAUGAACUGGGCAAGUGACACCACAGCACAAUGUAAGAGCUCGUCAGGGUCAGCAGUUUUCAUACAUGGAAAUCUGGUAGCAUGGAAGUCUGCACUACAGCACUGCACUGCCUUAUCGGCAGUAGAAGCAGAAUCCGUAGCAGCAACUGAGGCCACACGAGAAAUUCUCUUCUUUGGACACCUCUUCAAGGCCAUUGGGGUUGACAUUGGUACCCCCAUAAUUUUCUCAGACAACACAGGCACCAUCCAAGUAAGCAAAGACCCCACACAACAUUGGAAGUUGAAGCAUAUCGACACCAAAUACCAUUUCAUAAGAGACAACAUACAAGAUGGAAAGGUCAAAAUCAAGUACAUCGGCACUGAAGAUAACUUAGCAGAUAUCUUUACCAAACCAGUGGGCAAGGAGGCAUUGCAAUGCACACAACGAGGGUUAGGACUAACACCACAGCAAGGUACAGCAGCUCAGCAGCCAACUGCCUCGCCGCUGAGGGAGACAGUUGAGGGAGACACAUCAGCACUCCAACGAGAUUCACAGGGUCCACGGAGCAUUAUGGAGCCCAUGGAAGAUAAGCAAGUCAUCGAUGAGAUAAAGACACCUAUAGGUGGUGACACAUGUGGGAUGCAUAAGCAUUGUCACACUAACAUGCAGGAAGUGACAAUGCAGGAGUGA